UAUUUCAGAAUUUCAGACCUGCAAUGUUUAUCUUAUCUGUCUCUCACAUGUUUUUCUUUUUUUCUCUUAGAGAAAAUCCAAGAUCACUGCUUCCCGCAAACUCAUGCUCAAGAGCCUGAUGCUGGCCAAAGCCAAGGAGUGCUGGGAACAAGAGCAUGAGGAGAGGGAAGCUGAGAAGGCCAGAUACCUGGCGGAAAGGAUUCCUACGCUCCAAACCCGAGGCCUGUCACUCAGUGCCCUGCAGGACUUGUGCAGAGAGCUACAUGCUAAGGUAGAGGUUGUGGAUGAGGAGAGGUACGACAUUGAAGCCAAAUGCAACCAUAACACCAGGGAGAUCAAGGACUUGAAGCUGAAAGUGCUUGAUCUUCGGGGAAAGUUUAAACGUCCACCUCUGCGAAGGGUCCGUGUCUCUGCCGAUGCCAUGCUCCGAGCACUGUUGGGCUCAAAGCACAAGGUGUCCAUGGACCUGAGGGCCAACCUCAAGUCUGUGAAGAAGGAGGACACAGAGAAGGAGCGACCAGUGGAAGUGGGAGACUGGAGGAAGAACGUGGAGGCCAUGUCUGGCAUGGAGGGCCGGAAGAAGAUGUUUGAUGCAGCCAAGUCUCCAACCUCCCAGUGAAAGGGUGCUUUCACAGGCUUUGUAGGAUCUCCUUGUCACCCAUAACUCUUCAUCUCAUCCUCUGCUCUAUUCACCUUCCUCAUCCUUUCCAAUCCAUCCAAUUCCCCAUGGUUUAUGCUUGGAUCUGUAACCUGAAUCGGUGAAGGGGCACUUCAGCCUUAUCACACUCCUAAUACUCUCAAUUCUUCAACAAAGCCAGAUCUUAUCACAGCCCUGCUCCAGAACUGGGAACUCAAUAAAUACCAAAGAGAGGAAAAUGGAAAUAUCCCAGGAGUAAGGAAAUAAAAACCAUUAGUCCAGACCAUACUCAACUAAGUGGAUCUCCCUAGCUCAUUUUUAGGCACUGAGGCACCCUGAGUUCUUUUCCCCUCACUCUUUUCUGUCCUCAGGCCCUAGAGCACUCACCUUGCCACUAAAAGUUGAUCUGGAUCCUCCAACCCUUUUCCACAGUCUUCCCCUUUCCCUUCUUUUAUGUAUAUGAUGUGUGGCCUGAGUGAGUUGUGUGCUGUCCAUUAAAUGUUGACAUUUCCUGGUCA